AUGCAAGUUAGUCCUGCUAUUCUUCUCAACGGCAUAAUAACUAGGAGAUUCCUCUAUGUCGCUACUGCCCAAUCCUGCUUCUCGCCGCCUUACCACCACAACACGCGCGCGCACCUGAACAUCAACACCACCGAAAAGCCGCCGCUCCUCAAUCCCGUCACCCCGACUUGUGUCACGCAACAUGGUCUUCGAUGGUCGUUGAACCGACGCAAACCUACACCCGUUUACUCGCUCCAUCCACCUCACACAUUUGCGCUGUGCAUCUCUCUUGCCCGUGUUGUCCUCUACAAGACGAUCUACCAUCUCAUAUCGGCUGCAGUGGGUGAUGAAAGCAACAAAAUCCACCAGCGACUGUGGCCGCAGCUGGAACACGAGUUUCGAGGCGACCCCGAUCGCGUUGAUGAUGACUUCGUCUACUGGGACGUCCUGCCAUUUCAGGCGCGCCGACCUGUCCUUCGUGACCGACACAUCGUUCAGAGCCUAGAUUUGUGGUUUCCCUCAUAA